AUGACAGAAAUGUCUUCUUCGUACAUGAUCGCGAACCCUAAGUUCGAGCCUUACAAGCCAAAGAAACGAUAUCACUACUCUUCUUCGGUGCUCUCCACUCUCUUCUCGAUCUUCACCUACAUUUUGAUCUUCUACGUUUUUGAACUAUCUCCAUCUUCGAUCUUCAAAGACACAAAGGUCUUGUUCUUCAUCUCCAACACUCUCAUCCUCAUAAUCGCCGCCGAUUAUGGCGCCUUCACCAAUAAAGAGAAUCACGACUUUUACGGUGAAUAUACUGUUGCGGCGGCGGCGAUGAGAAGCCGUGCAGAUAACUACUCUCCGAUUCCCGUUUUAACAUACCAAGAAAUCCCUAGACAGCAAAACUCAGGCGAUGCAGAAAUCAAGAACCCUAAAGAUGUCAAAACCAAGAACCCUGAUGAAGAAGAACCGAUGGUGAAAGAGAUCGUGUGCGUUUUGUCGCCUCCUGAGAAAAUAGUACGAAUGGUGAGCGAGGAGAAACUGAGAGACCAUGUAGCUACCGAGAAAUACAAACCAGUUAAUGAGAAAACUGCUGCUAACAAAGAAGCUUGCAGUGGAAAAAGCCAUGCGAACCCUAAAUCUUACGGACGAACCAAGUCAGAUAAACCGCGACGGGUGAAGACAACCGAAGAUACAAAUUCCAAACGUAAAAGUUAUCAUCAAAGCGAAUCGGAUAGCUCGAAAUGGAUGGUUGUUCCGGAGAAAUGGGAGAAUGUUGAAGAAGAAUCUGGAGAGUUCUCGAAGAUGUCGAACGAGGAGUUGAACAGAAGGGUCGAAGACUUCAUCCAACGGUUCAACAGACAGAUCAGAUUACAAUCACGAGUUUCGUCUACUUGA